GUGCCAGUAGCAGAUGGCGAUCCGGCAAGCUGUCGAACAACGAACGGAAGAAAAUGUCUCUUCCACAUCAGUUGCACUAUGGAUAGGACUUAUCAUUGCAUUUGUUUCAUUCCUGGUGUUGAUUGGUAAGGGUUAUCAUAUUGGAAAAAUCGACGACGAGCUCAUAAGUGCGGGCAGCACAAGCUGGGAGACCAAACUUCAUGAAGAGGAGCAAAUACUGAUUGUUGGGCACAACCAACUAGCGAUGAAUAUAGCAAAGAUAGGAAAUAAUAGUCUACGAGAGUUCGAUCUGCAUUGGGAUCUCCAGCGUCACACGGUUUGGAGCAACAUCAAUACCUCCCGUACGGAUCUGAUCCGUCUCAGGGCAGGGCAAGUCAACGGACAGCUGUGGUACGUUGGAUUGAACUGCACCAACUCCCCGCUAGAAGACGUGCAAAGUGUAUUCGAACAGAUAGACAGCAUGCGGCGAUUGAUCGAAACACAUCGACAGGACCUUGCACUAGCGACAUCACUAUCCGAGCUUCAUACAGCGAUCCUGCAAGGAAAGAUUGCUUCACUGCUCGCUGUGAGGGGUGGACAUUCGAUUAACUCGAAGCUGGGACUGUUACGAUCACUUUAUGCACUAGGCAUCAGAUGCAUGUCGCUAGCAUCGGAACGUAAUUGCUGCAGUUGGGUUGAUUCUUCGAUAGUGGAUUUGCAAGAUAUUGGAACCGCCGAAAUGCGACGGGAUCUUUCCCUUUGGGGUCGAAUGGUUGUGUGGGAAAUGAACCGGUUAGGUAUGAUAGUGGAUCUGUCCUAUGCUAGCUAUGGAGCGGCACUGGAUGUGUUGCGAUACAGUAAAGCUCCGGUAAUAUUUAGCAAUGCAGGUGCUUAUACAAUCAAUCGACAUCAUCUUAAUGUGAGAGAGGACGUCCUGAUUCCAUUAGCUACCCAAGGAGGGCUAAUUAUGGUGAGCUUCGAUCCUACCCUGCUGGGAGGAUACACGAUCGAUAACGUACUAGAACACCUUAACUACUUGCGAGAAGUUAUUGGACCGGAGCACAUCGGCAUCGGUAGCGGGUUUGACGGGUUUGAUAAUGUAAUCGAAGGCCUGGAGGAUGUUUCGACGUUUCCCAAUUUGUUCACCGCACUUGCAAAAGGGAAGUACACCGAUGGCGAGAAAUUCGCUCCAUGGACGAACGACGAGCUUAGGAAGUUGGCUGGACUUAACUUUCUACGCCUGUUUCACGAUGUCGAACAGGUGAAGCAGGAACUCUCUAGAGAGCAACCGCUCGAGGAUGACGGAUUGGAAGAUAUGUUGGAUUAAA